AUGAAGAUUACAUGCGCCAUCCUUCCAUUGGCCUUGGCUUGGAACCAAGCUUCUGCCUUUUCACCUUCCAAGGUGUCAUCGCGCCCCACCACGUUGCCAUUGCGCAUGGCCGAUGAAUUUGCGGACGAGAUUCCAGAAGGGGCUGUCCGAGCUACGAUUCCCAUUUCCGAAAUUGUCACACCAGCAGCAGAAGCAGAAGCAGAAGUAGCAAAGGAAGAAGAAACUCCUACUUCUUCUCCAGCAACAGCAUCAUCAGCAUCAGCAGCGGCAAAGGAAGAACCAGCUGGUGCCCUCGUGGCCAUUACCCAAGAGAAUAUCGAGUUUUCCGCAGGUGUCAUUGGCGCUGUUCUCGGCCUCGUGUUGGGAGGACCUUAUCUGGCUGCCAUUGCCGCUGCCGCGGCCAACUUUGCCUCCAAAUCCGAGGGCAAUGUCGUAGGUACAGUCUCCAAGUCGGGAAUUGAAGUGUACAAUUCCUUGUUGGGAUUGAAUGCCAAGUAUGAAGUUUCCGACAAGGCUGGCAAAUCCCUCAAUGACGCCGUCGCCAAGCUCAAGACGAGCGAGUCGGUCGAUCCUGAAACCUUUGAAAAGGUCGAAAAGGCCUUGUCCCAAACCAAGACCAAAAUCACCGAAGUCAAUGACGAAUACGACUUGGUCGGAGCUGGUUUGACCGCACUGGGAGUGGUCGGCGAUCUCAUUGAAAAGACGGUAAAAAAGGCUGGAGAAUUGAACGAACAAUACGAAUUGUCAUCCAAGGCCAAGGAUGCAUUGGAUGCCAGUAUUUCCAAGGCGGGUGUCUCGGAAAGUCUCGAACAAGCCACUUCCUUUUUGGAUGAAAAGAAGGAAGAAUUGAAUGACAAGUUGAAAGAAGUCGAAAGCACCAGUGAAAAGUAA